AUGAAAGACGUGGACAAAGGGUACUCGAACGACCCUCUCUUGCUGUUCCUUCCCCUGUUUCUUAGGACAGAAGCUAUCAUGCCUCAAACCAUGGAAGACUUGUGUGGAACUCAAAAAUCACCUGGAUCUUCCUCCAGAUUGUUAUGGGGAUUUUUCACGCCUUGUGCCUUUCAACUGCGAAUCAACACCUUUGUUGAUGCAGUAAGUGUUCAACCGUCCCUUACCGAAGCACUUGCUGUAGAAGCAAUGUACGUAGACUUGCGUACUUGCCAAGAAACAACUGGUUCCGAUGGUGCUGCUCCCCAGGAUCAAUACGAGUUUUAUGACGAGAUUGGCAAGAUCGUCGCCAAUGACAGGACCAUCAGUCCAAGAGCAAGAAUUGAGGCCCAAAUUAACAACGAGGGUCUCACUCUUGAUAUCUAUGAGCCUCCUGCCCCCCCCCUUUCUGAGGAAGAAAAAGAACAAGAGACAAUGACCAAUGCUGUUCGUCGGAACAUUGUGCGGGUGUCUCAACACCAAAUUGAACAAGAAAUUUUGAGGCCCUCACCACUAAUCAACCUUGGUGCUACUGGUGCUGGUCGUGGUGCUUGUGGUAGUAGCAGAAGUGGUAAUGUUGUCACUCAGUUUGAAGAAGUUUUGGCCAGGUACAGAGAAGCGAAUCAGGAAACUUCGGGCUAA